UAGAAAUGACACACAGUUUCUCUCUCCUCAGACCUUAUUCCCUUACAAAUUGCAGCCCAAUUUCAUAUAAUCUCUCUUCAUUUCACCCACCAUUCAGAAUUCAUAAUCCCCAAUAUCAAAACCCAAACCCUAGAAUCUCAAGAAAACUAACCAUUAGGUCCCAUCUUCCCCUCAAAAACCUCUGUAAAAGAUCCAAUUUCCACCACCCUUUGCCAUUUAGGAAAGUGGGUUCUUCCCAUUUGUGCAGAGACUCCAUUGAAAACCAGGAAACAGAGGAUCCAAUAUCAGAAUUUGGCUCUCCUUUAGAGAGUGAAAGGGGGAUUUCUGAAAACAAUGGCGGAACUAAGGCUGAUUGGACAACUUCAGUUCUGUUGUUUGGCCUCUGGGGAGUUCUCAUGUACUAUGUGUUCCUGCUCUCUCCCAACCAGACACCGUCCAGGGACGACUAUUUUUUGCAAAAGCUGCUCAAUCUGAAAGGGGAUGAUGGCUUUGUGAUGAAUCAAGUGUUGGUUUGCCUUUGGUACAUCAUGGGAUUGUGGCCCUUGAUAUAUGCCAUGUUACUUAUUCCAAGUGGUAGAAGCACAGAAAGCAAAAUUCCUGUUUGGCCAUUCGUUUUAUUAUCAUGUUUUGGUGGAGCAUAUGCCCUUCUGCCAUAUUUCGUUCUUUGGCGGCCACCACCACCAACUAUUGAAGAAGCUGAGCUUGGGCAAUGGCCGCUGAACUUUCUUGACUCCAAAAUAACCUCUGUGGCAUUAGCACUUGGUGGUUUGGGACUAAUCAUAUAUGCGGGUCUUGCAAGUGGCGAUACAUGGAAAGAAUUCUAUCAAUACUUCAGAGAAAGCAAACUUGUCCAUAUCACAUCCCUCGAUUUCUCUUUACUCUCUGCCUUUGCUCCUUUUUGGGUCUACAAUGAUAUGACUGUAAGAAAGUGGUAUGAUAAAGGUUCUUGGUUAUUGCCAUUAACGCUUAUUCCAUUUCUUGGGCCUGUAUUAUACCUCGUCUUCCGGCCAUCACUCUCUGAGAUUACACCUGUGCGCUCGGCUGCAAUCAAGGAAGAGUAAAGCCGCAUAUGUGGCUUUUCUUUUGUUUUGAUAUCGAUCAUUGUCGAGUUUUCAUUUGUAACAUGUAAAUUUAUCUUGUCCCCCAUGAAGGAGAACUUUUUAUUGGAGUUGAAAUUUUGUUGAUUAUCGGUCACCAGAAAUUAAUAAAAGGAAGGGUUGAUGAUGCA